CAUACACUUGCUCACUGACACACACGCGCGCGCGCUAUUCUACGCUGUCGGUUCUGUAGGGCUCGUUUUCCCUGGCGAGAGAGGUGGAGAGAAUGAGAGGGGUGGGCUUCACAUUCAGUCAGAGUAUUAUAACCACCGACCCACGCUGAUUUAAGAGUAACUUCACGGCCAAGUUAAAAGCGGCUUGACUUCCUGAACUUUUAACCGGACGCCUUCAUCAGAGGUAUUUCGCUUGGCACCCGGCGUCUUCUCAGCGUGGGUUUGAACAGCACAAGUGUUCUGCUGCUGAAUGUAGGCCAAAGGGCACAAACAAAAGCGCAAUAACUGGUGACAUGGAAAUACAGCAUGAUCCAGAUUUGCAGUUCAAACUGGCUUAUUCAGAUGCUCAAAGUAAUGAAACAGGCUUGAAAACCCAAAUAAGGGGCCAGUGGUCCAGCAAAGUGGAGUUUAUCUUAGCCGUCGCUGGCCAGAUCAUUGGGCUGGGAAAUGUUUGGAGAUUUCCAUAUCUGUGUUAUAAGAAUGGAGGAGGAGUGUUUUUUAUUCCAUAUGUGGUCUUUUUGUUUGCCUGUGGCAUUCCUCUCUUUCUAAUGGAAACUGCAUUGGGUCAGUACACCAGCCAGGGUUCUGUCACCUGCUGGAGGAAGAUCUGCCCACUGUUUGAAGGCUUGGGUUAUGGCAGUCAGGUGGUCGUCUUGUAUUCCAGUGCCUACUACAUCAUCAUUUUGGCCUGGGCAUUCUUCUAUCUGUUCUCUUCUUUUAGUGGGGAACUACCAUGGGCAAGCUGCAGGAACUGGUGGAAUUCAGAGAACUGUGUCGAGUUUGACAGAAUGCAGGGGGCAAAAAACCUGAGCUUUAUGGCUAAUGCAUCAUCACCUGUUAAAGAGUUUUGGGAGAGGCGAGUAUUGAAUAUAACUGGAAGUGUAAAUGAGCUGGGAAGCGUGAGAUGGGAGCUGGCUCUGUGUCUCCUGUUGGCCUGGGUCAUAUGUUAUUUCUGUGUGUGGAAAGGAGUGAAGUCCACAGGCAAGGUUGUGUAUUUCACUGCUACAUUUCCAUAUGUUAUGCUGAUGGUGCUUCUGAUUCGAGGUCUUACGUUGCCUGGAGCCAUUGAUGGCAUCACUUUCUACCUCUAUCCAAACCCAGCUCGCCUUGCUGAUCCACAGGUGUGGAUGGAUGCAGGAACACAAAUCUUUUACUCUUACGCUCUUUGCAUUGGGUGUCUUACAGCUUUGGGAAGCUACAAUAAGUACAAUAACAACUGUUAUAAAGACUGUGUGUAUCUGUGCUUGCUGAAUAGUGGAACCAGUUUUGUAGCUGGAUUUGCCAUCUUUUCAGUUUUGGGCUUCAUGGCCUUGGAACAGGGAGUUGAUAUCUCAGUGGUUGCAGAGUCAGGCCCGGGUUUGGCCUUCAUUGCAUAUCCACGGGCUGUAGCAAUGAUGCCCAUGGCUCAGUUGUGGUCCAUAUGUUUUUUCCUCAUGAUAAUAUUGCUGGGCCUUGACAGUGAGUUUGUAGGUUUGGAGUCUCUCAUGACAGCCAUAACAGACAUGAACCCCAAUUUCUUCCUCCAAGGACACCGUCGAAAACUAUUCCUCCUCGUCAUCUGUAUAGCAUGUUUCCUCAUUGGCCUUCUGAUGGUAACAGAGGGCGGCCUGUAUGUCUUCCAGUUGUUUGAUUACUAUUCCUGCAGUGGAAUGACCCUCCUGCUGUUUGCCAUUGCACAGUCAAUAUGUAUUGGCUGGUUUUAUGGCGCUGAUCGACUGUAUGAAAACAUCGCAGACAUGAUCGGUUAUCAUCCACUGACUUUGAUGAAGUACUGUUGGAAGUAUAUCACUCCUAUUGUGUGUAUAGGCACAUUCAUCUUCUCUUUAGUCAAAUUCACUCCUCUGAAGUUCAACAACACAUAUGAAUACCCCUGGUGGGGUUACGCUGCUGGCUGGUGGUUCACCCUCUCGUCAACAUUAUUGGUUCCCAUAUGGAUGAUCUACGCCAUCCUCGUCACUCCUGGCACACUGAAACAGAGACUACGUGUCCUUUGCACUCCAGCAAGUGAUCUACCUUUGACAUCCGAAAGACCAAAAGAAACCCUGUGACCACAAGCAAAAGUACAGCGUGUUCUAUGACUGAUAAGAAAACAAAUCCUUGGGCUGUAUUUAGGAUAACUUUUGAUAUCAAUAUGUUUUCGGAGAUUCUCAUGAGACCUCAAGAAGCCAACACAAACUGUACAUGACUGUUUUUAUCAUGUUUGAUUGUUAGUUUCUCAGUUCCAAGCAUCUAAAUGUUGAUCGCCUUAAUCUGGAGAUGAGCACAAGCACAUCGGUUAUAGAUAGCUGUAUUUGAAGGAAAACUCAGUUGGACGUCAUCUUUAAGUGUGAUAGUGGCACUGACUUGUUGUAUCAUAAACUGUCAAGAUAACAGUGGAAAUGUGGAAACGAUUAUCAUGAGGACCAGCACAAUUUUGGAUGGACCAAUGGUGUGUGAGUGGUAAAUGUGUUGUUUUCUGUCACAUAGAUGGUUUGUAAUGGUUUAACCAGAGUGAAUCACUUCAAAAUGAUGCCAAUUAGUGUUGACAGUGUUAACAGUAUUUCAUAAUAGUAGGAUUUCCUUACAUUUUUAAUUGUCAGUCAUGCAGAUUUCAUGAAAACAAAUCAUUUACAGAAAGUGAAUUAUGUUGGCCUUAUCGUAUUACAUAUUUUACAGUAUUUGCUCUGCGUUUUCUUGAAAAAUAGAUUUCUAUUUUGCUACCUAAAUAUGCGUAGUUGUACAGUGUUUAUAUUUUAGUAAAUGGUGUAAUUUAAAAGGAUAUCUGUAGGUCACUUACGUUUAUGUACAUGACUUAGAACGGUUUUAAUAAAUGCUUUUUAAAUUAAAUGA